AUGACCCAAGUGUCCAUUUCAAAGCCCACUGGAGGCGUGCUUCCUAUCUCUGCUUCCGCGACCCAGAAAAAUGCAUCUACUCCAUCGAAAAGUUCGGCAAAACCACCUACUCCGAGGCUCAAGCUGCUUGUGAGACGACUCCCUCCUGGUUUAACACAAGUGGAAUUUCAGAGUGCUCUGGGGGAGGAAUGGAAACUCGGCGCAGGGAAAGUAGAUUGGUUUCAGUAUAAAGAGGGCAAGGUUUCGAAAGAUCCUGCAAAGCCAUCCCGGCCAUCGCGUGCCUAUCUUCGUGUUGCUUCAGAACAAUAUAUUGGUCCCCUAGCAGAGAAAGUCGGUCGAACCUCGUUCUUGGAUUCCCGUAAUACGGCAGGCGAUCCUGUUCUCUUGGGCCCGCCGUCUCUGGAGUUUGCGCCCUUCGCCCGUGUACCGGGCAGUCGUGUACGCAAGGAUGCACGGCAAGGGACUAUCGAUCAGGAUCCGGAAUUCAUUGACUUCUUAGAGAGUCUCACAAAUCCAAUCACAAAACCUGCACCCGUCGAGGCAACAGCGGAUGGGGAGAAGGCUGAGGCUGUGACAACGACCCCCUUAGUGCAGUAUAUUAAGGAAAAGAAGGCCAACAAGACCAAGGAGAGCGCAUCAUCUGCUAAGGGCACGAAGCACGGAAGAUCAGAGAAGGAUAGCAAGCCGGAGAAGGUGCAAGCAAAGAAACUGCUACAGAGACCUGACAAGGAUGCUCCCCCAACGACGUCCACGACGGACAAGAAGGCUAAGAGCGAGAAGGCCACCAAAGAAGCCAUAAAGGUCGCAAACAAGCAAGCUGCAAAUGUAGCCGCUAAAGCAUCGGCGAAAACACCACCGGCUACAACUUCCAAAGAGACUCCUGCACAGACGUCUGCACCUGAGCGGAAGAGAGAACGAGGGAACAUCAGUGCAGCCGCCAGAAUUGUCCAGCGCGAUCUCGGACUGGCUCCUCCCGGUAAUCGUCGCAGAGGGGGCAAGUCGACUACUACGUCUACCGACACCGACGCCUCCAAGACAGGAGGAAGCUCUCAGGAACCUGUCUCCUCUCCUGCCGCUGGGAAGCAGCCGGCAGCAGCCAGGUCAUCUAAAGAGGCCAAGGAGACUGCAGCAACGCAGAAAAGUGCAACUGAAAAAGCCAGCGGUGCAACACCGUCUCAAUCGACAGUAGCUUCCUCGACUGUCCGUCCAGCGUCUUCCGCUGGUAAGUCUUCGAAAUCUGUGAAAUCGAAACAGCCAGCUCCGACUGGGUCAACUCAGGCGUUCCUGAAACACGCCAAUCCCUCACAAGGCGUAACAGAGCCUCUCCUGGAGGCAGCUUUCGCGUCGUUUGGACGUAUCACAAAGGUUGAAAUUGACAAGAAGAAAGGAUUCGGGUACAUCGACUUCGCUGAGCCGGAAGGUCUCCAGAAGGCCAUCGCAGCCAGCCCUGUCUCAGUCGCCCAGGGCCAAGUAGUCGUCCUCGAGCGGAAGUCGAGUCCUUCGACUGAGAAGUCGCGCGGUAAAGGGCGCAAUGAGCAACAGUCGCCAUCCAGCCGUGGGAAGUCUGGAAGCGGUGGUGGACGUGGACCGGGUGGAGGAGAGAGCAGUCAAUCUACACCUCGAGGAUCAAGGGGUAGCAGAGGAGGGUCAAAGAAUAAGAACAGCAACAACAACAAAGGUGGUGGUACUGGAAGCACGGCCAACGCGGCCACGGCUGAGUCUAAAUGA